AUGGAGGCGGAAGUGUCGGUGAUGGAUCCAGACGUGAGGGAAGGGGAGGAUUUGAAGGCGGAGGUGGCUGUGCUGGAUCCAGAGGUUAAGGCAGGGGCGACAGUGGAGGCGGAGUUUGCGAUGGGGGAUCCAGAGGUGGGGGCAGGUGAGGGCAGGCGCAGUAAUGGAGGUUUAGGUGGCGGCUGGGGAUCCAGAGGUGGGGGCAGGUGCGGCAAUGGAGGUGGAGGUGGCGACUAUGGAUCCAGAGGUGGCGUCAAGAGCGGCAAUGGAGGCGUGUUGGCGGCUGUGGAUCCAGAUGUGGUUGCAGGGGCUGCAAUGGAGGCGGAGGUGGCGGUGGUAGAUCCAGAGGUUAGGGCAGGGGCCACAGUGGAGGCGGAGGUGGCGGUGGUGGAUCCAGAGGUGGGGGCAGGUGCGGCAAUGGAGGCGGAGGUGGCGGCUGUGGAUCCAGAGGUGGGGGCAGGGGCGGCAAUGGAUGUGGAGGUGGCGGUGGGGGAUACAGAGGUGAGGGCAGGGGCGAUGGUAAAGGCGGAGGUGGCGGUGGUGGAUCCAGAGGUGGGGCAGGUGCGGCAAUGGAGGCGGAGGUGA